AUGAAGUUCUUCUCCCUCCUCACCCUCGCCUUCGCCGGCGUCGCCCUCGCCAGGGGCAACCGCGGCAACAGCACCGGCACCUCGACCAAGUCCCAGUGCCGACAGGUCGAGCGCCUCACCUUCUUCGCCGACCUGGCCGCCAACACGACCCGCCUCGACCGCUUCACCAAGAACAACGCCACCCGCGCCGCGGCCAUCAAGGCCAAGGUCGCCCAGGAGGCGCCCCAGCUGCAGGCCAUGAAGGCCAACGCCACCCUCAUGGGCGCCUGCAACCAGGUCUUCGCCGUCCACGCCAUGGAGCGGUCGUGCCGCCAGAUGGCGCACAUCCAGGGCCUCGAGAGGCUCGUCGCCAACGCCACCCGCCUCGACAAGGUCACCAAGGGCAACGCCACCCGCGCCGCGGCCAUCAAGGCCAAGGCCGCCGCCGAGGCCCCGAAGCUGACGGCCCUGUCCGGCAACGCCACGCUGACGCAGUUCUGCGCCGCCGACCGCGUCAAGAACCAGUGCCGCUUCAUGUCCCGGCUGCAGAAGGAGGUCGCCCGCGCCGCCAACGAGACCGCGCUCACCGCCAAGUUCGGCAACGACGCCGCCAAGAUCCAGAAGGCCAAGGAGCGUGCCGCCCGGGCCUCCGCGAAGCUGAAUGCCAUGAGCAGCAACACGACGCUCGUGAGCUUGUGCGGUGCUCAGGCCAAGACCCCGACCAACGCUGCUGCUGCUUCCAGCUCUUCUGCCGCUGCUGCUGCCAGCGCGUCUGCCGGUGCCAAGAAGUCGGCCGCCUACGGCGUCGCACCGAUGGCCGCUGCACAGAUCCUGACUCUCUCGGCAGUCCUGGCUGGCGGCUUCGCCUUGAUGUAA